GCCAGUCACGGACCUGYCCGUGGGGUGGCUGUGGCCUGUCACACACUCAGCGGUGACCCCRGGCUUUGUGCUGUCCGAGCAGACCCAGGAAGGGAUCAGCCCUGCUGCAGGAGCUGCAGAAACCGCACCCAGCAAAGCCCGGGACAUAAACCAUCCUCGGGAUGGUCCAGUCUCACCGCUGCUCCUGAACCUCCUCGCAGCAGUCACCUGGAGCACCUCACCCUGCUUUCGGCACCUCCCCACCCUGCUGGGAAGCCAGGCUUGGGAGAAAAUCGCCCUCGAUGUGACCCCGCGGUGUCCUUUGUCAGCAGCCGGGAGCUGUCCAUCGGCUCUCAAAGAAGGAUGUCCCUGCCUGUCUGACGCGGUGCUGUGGCUCGUCCCUCGGAUUCCCCGGCUCGACGAGCCCUUACUCAUCCCCUUGUUUGGAGGAGGGAUCUCACGAGCCCCUCUCCGAGCCCCGUGAGGAUAUUUCUCGGCUGAUGGAGCAGCAGUGAGAGCUGUGGAUGCCAGGAGCUCCCGGAGGCGUGCCCGAGCGGGGCUGGGUGCUCCCCUCCUGCAGCAGAGCCCAGAGGCACCUGUACAACAGCGAGGCGUGUCAGGAAACUCGAUGCCUCGCCUCUGUCAGUGUGGAGGCGGAGGGAGGAGGGUCCAAAGACAUGUCCCUUCCCGCCCGCAACAGCUGAAAACAGACAAGGAAAGUUGCUAGAGCCUUUUCCAGCGGCUCAGGAAGCUUCCCUGUCCCGCUCUCACCCUAGAAGCCCUCCCGUCCUCCACUACUCUGGGGGGGUGGCUGUCCCACACCCGGCGGGCGAUGAACAUCGCRAGGAGAAGAGGCUUUUACAGACAGGAGGUGAACAACACGCUCUGGGAGCUGCCCAGGAGAUACGCAUGCCUGCACCCGCUGGGCUCGGGGGCCUACGGCUCCGUGUGUUCAGCCAUAGACAAGAAGACGGGGCAGAAAGUGGCCAUCAAGAAGCUGUGCCGCCCAUUCCAGUCAGAGAUCUUUGCCAAGAGAGCCUACAGAGAGCUGAUGCUKUUGAAGCACAUGCAACAUGAAAAUGUCAUUGGGCUGCUUGAUGUCUUCACCUCCACUGCCUCCUACCAGGGCUUCCAGGACUUCUACCUGGUGAUGCCAUACAUGCGGACAGAUUUACAAAAGAUCAUGGGACAUGAAUUCAGUGACGAAAAGAUCCAGUACCUGGUCUACCAAAUGCUGAAAGGGCUGAAGUAUAUUCAUUCAGCUGGCAUCGUCCACAGGGACCUGAAGCCAAGUAACCUGGCUGUGAAUGAGGACUGCCAGCUGAAGAUCUUGGAUUUUGGCUUGGCCAGGCAGGCUGAUGCUGAGAUGACUGGCUAYGUGGUCACACGGUGGUACAGAGCCCCUGAAGUCAUCCUGAACUGGAUGCAUUACAACCAGACAGUGGAUAUCUGGUCUAUUGGAUGUAUCAUGGCCGAAAUGCUGACUGGGAAAACACUCUUUAAAGGAAAAGACUACCUGGAUCAACUGACCCAGAUCCUGAAAGUAACRGGGCAUCCAGGAGAAGACUUCUUGGAGAAGCUGGAGGACAAAGCGGCCAAGAGUUAUAUCAAGUCCCUUCCCAAAAUCCCCAAGAAGGAUUUGUCUGUGCUUUUCCCUAAAGCAAAUCCUCAGGCCGUGGACCUGCUUGACAAGAUGCUGCAGCUGGAUGUGGAAAAGCGCCUGACAGCAACAGAGGCCUUGGCUCACCCCUACUUCGACCAGUUCCGAGAUAUYGAAGAGGAGACAGAGGCACAACACUCSUAUGAUGAUUCUCUGGAACAUGAAAAGCUUUCAAUAGAGGAGUGGAAAAAGCACAUUUACAAGGAGAUCUUGACCUUCAGUCCCAUUGCACGGAAGGAUUCAAAGAAGAGAAGUGGGAUGUCUUUAUAGCAACUGGUGCAGCUGUGGCUGGGAUUCAGUUCUCCUUGAGGACACAUCAAAUUCCUUCCACACUGUGUUUCUGGUGGCCAUCACUUGGCCAGUGRGACUUCUCUCCACGUGCCAACAUGAGGAUGACACCAUGCCGUGGGCAUUGGACUUGGUUUUACGAAAGGRGAAGCACCCCAGUUUUCAACAUAAAAGACAAAUACAUUCUUGUUGAAAUUUUCA